AUGGACGAAGUACAAAAGGAGAUUGGUUCAGUACGUGAUUACCUGGGGCAGUUACGAGAUUGGAUGCAAAGAAAGGAUGAACAUAACGCUGAAAUUCUUCAACAUAUGCAGGGAAAAUCAGCAGUUCAGGCAGAUGAUGCAGAUGUGAUGGUAGAGAACAGCAACAAUCACAGAGGUGAUGGAUUCCGAGAAGAAGUUCAGCCACAUUUUCGUGAUGAAACACGUCCUAGAAGAUUGGCACUUCCUUUAUUCUCUGGUAAAGCCCGAAAUUGGUUCCAGUGGUGGGAGACAAGAGCGCCGAUUGUCACAUGGGAUGUGUUUCGAGUAGCGAUACUCCAACGCUUUACACCGUCACAGUCAGGGAACUUAUAUGAGGUUUUGAUAGGAUUGAAGCAAACUGGAAGCGUGGCACAAUACCAAGAAGAUUUCGAAUUACUUUCAGCACCUUUGAAAGAUGUCGAUGAUGCAGUUUGGAUGGGAAUUUUUAUAAGUGGUUUGAGAGAGGAGAUCAACGCAGAUUUGCGUCUUAGCAAGCUGGGAAAUCUAACCCAGAUUAUAGACCAAAGCCAGCGUAUUGAAGAGAGGAAUUGGGCUCUCAGCCAAGCCCACUUGCCAAGACAUAUGCGUAUGGCGCUUUCUAGGGGUUCAAUGCAGUUUCCAGUGACCGACGAUAGCCGAACAGGAAGUUUUACAAGUCCCCCUUCAGGACCUGAAACUUCUGCAAGGCGUGGAGGAGCAUACAAAACGCUAUCCGAUGCAGAGUAUCAGGAUAAAUUAAGAAAAGGACUUUGUUUUCGCUGCGAUGAAAAAUAUGGCCCCAAUCACCGGUGCAAUUCAAAAAAAUUAAAUCUGCUUAUUGUAGCAGCAGAGGACGGAGAAGACAGAGGCACAGAAGAAUAUUCAGAGGAAUUAAUAAACGCAAGGAUGGACCAAUUAGAUGUUCAAGGACAACCGGAGUCACAAAAAUUAAUGGAGUUGUCUUUGUACUCUAUUGCAGGAUUUACCACAAAAAAGUCCUUGAAAGUAUGGGGAACAAUACUAGCGAAGAAGGUUAUUGUGUUGAUUGAUAGCAAUGCAUCAACGAACUUUAUCUCUCGUGCAGUGGCCGAAGCAUCAGGGUUAAAACAAACAGAAACUAAGCCGUUUUUGGUGGAAGUGGGUAAUGGACAGCAAGUGAAGAGUAGGGGAAGCUGCAAAGGAGUAGAAUUGUGGAUUUAUAACGUGCGGAUAACACAGGAUUACUUCCUUUUUAAUUUGGGCAGUGCUGAUGUACUGUUGGGAUUAGAGUGGCUGGAGACUUUGGGGGAUAUACAAGCUAAUUUCAAAACGUUGACGCUGAAAUUUGAAAUAGAGGGGCAAACACGAGUUGUUCAAGGAGACCCCUCAUGGUCCAAAUCAGUGGCUUCACUCAAAACUCUGUUUAAAGCCUUACAAAAAGAUGGAGAAGGGUAUUAUGUUGAUUUAAAUGAGUUAACAGCAAGGGAAGAACAAGAGAAUUUCGAUUUGCAGCAAUUACUGGACGAAUUUGGAACUUUAUUUGAGGAACUGAAAAGGCUGCCACCUAGUAGAAGUCAUGAUCAUGCUAUCCGAUUUAAACAAGGAUCUAAUCCACCCAAUAUUCGUCCAUAUCGUUACCCUCAUUACCAGAAAAAUGAGAUUGAGCGAAUUGUACGAGAAAUGCUGGUAGCUGCAAUCGAUGAGUUACUGGAUGAGCUUGGGGGUGCCACAAUAUUUUCGAAGUUGGAUCUAAGAUCGGGGUACCAUCAAAUCCAGGUUUGCCAGGAGGAUGUAGCAAAGACAGCUUUUCGUGCCCAUGAAAGCCACUAUGAAUUUUUGGUCAUGCCAUUUGGGUUGUCUAACGCUCCAUCUACUUUUCAAGCCUUGAUGAAUGAGAUAUUUCGGCCUUACUUACGUAAGUUUGUAUUGGUCUUUUUGGAUGACAUAUUGGUUUACAGUGCAAAUUUUUCCACUCAUUUGGACCAUUUGCGGGAGGUGCUGAAAAUUUUACAACUUCAUAACUUGGUUGUCAAUCGAAAGAAAUGUCAUUUUGGACAACCAACAACUGGAGUAUCUAGGACAUAUUAUCUCCGCAGGUGGAGUCUCAACAGAUCCUGCCAAAAUAACAAGCAUGGUUAA